AUGAAGAGAUUUCUACUAUUGAAUCCUGCGAAUCAGAAGUGGGUGGACGACCAAGAACGCAGGAAACGCGGUUUAGCAAAUUGGGAUAUUUACGCAUUUUAUAGCCGUCAGGAAGAAGUGACUCACUCGAAUGAUCACACUACAUACACGUCGGUAGGUACUAUACACCUUGUUGUUACAAUGAUAAACGAAGAAGUCGUCCGUCUUUUAAGUGGCAGCUUGUGUUGCUCGUUUAUCGAAUACCAUGUCAUCUUUCACGCUUUUAUGAUUGUCUGGAAUGACGAGCGUUUGACAGAGAUGCUGUUCUGUCACAUCUCUUUCACGUCUAUCGUCAUCGAUAAUAGAUUGUCCAACUUAAAACACGAAACACAAAAAUAA